UUUUUUUUUACGAAAGAUGCCGCCAAAUACUGUUCAAAUUCAAAUCAUACCAGAAUCGGAUACUAUCCAUUUAUUUCGUGAUGAAACGACGACGAUGAAUGAGACAUAUGAUCUACGUGGUCAUAUUCGAUUAAUUCCGAUCAUCUAUAAAAAGGAUAAAAAGAACUACAAUGUCAAUCAUAAAAAACAAUCGUACAAGCCCAUCUCUGUUCAACAAAUCCAUUUACAUUUGAAAGGCCAUGUUCAAACUAUGUUGACUUCUGAUUUUUCGGAUUCUGAUAGAAUGGGUGAUUAUCGGUGGUGUAAAGAUACAACGACACUUCCACUUUUAGAUCGCAUUCUUUAUUCCGCACGAGGGUAUGCGAAUGUGACGGAAUGCGUAUUAGACCAACAGUUGACCAUCACUCCUGGCAUUCUUUCUUUGACCGAAGUAACUGAUGUUCCAUUUCGAUUUCCUAUUGAAAACACUCAACACUUACCACCAUCCAUCACAUCACCCAAGCAUUUAAUUAGUUAUUAUAUAACGGCUACAGUACAAGAGGAUAUUGUUUUUUCUCUACCAACUACUUCUGAUGUAUCAUUACCUACUCCAUCAACGUCAUCAUCAUCAUCAUCAUCAUCAUCACAAGUACCAUCGUCAUCAUCAAAAAAAUAUCGUUCUCAAUUAUUUUCAAAAAAAUGGCCAUUUUUCAAGGUGCUUAAAAAGAAAUCAUCCUCUUCGGUACCUUUAUCUACUUCCAUGUUAUCACUCAAAUCAUCCGCGUCUUUCGCAUCCUUUUCAACCCCGGCGCCACCAACGGUGCGAUUGCCAUUGACGAUAGAAUGUCAUCAUUUAGGUAGUCUGUAUGCCCUGACCCAUCAACCAAGAAUCCGUUAUUGUGGCGCCCGGCCGAAUGCCUUACGAUAUCAAAUUCAUUUAGCGAAAUAUAUUCGGUUCCAAGGUAUCUCCAAACCUACAGAAUUCUCUUUUCAAUGUUCUUUUUUCCCAUUAUCUCCUUUGAUUCGGCUCUCCAAACUAGUAUGUUACCUUGUUCAAUAUGAAACUUUUCCAAUAAAAGCAGGUCAAGUUCAAUCAUCAACGGAACCUUUACCUACUAAUCAAGUAGAAGUCAAACCUCGAAAAGUAGGUUAUAAAGAACAUAUAAUUUCAGAAGAUGAUGAUUUGGAAAGAUUAUCUAUUUCUAUUUCAUUGAAUAAUCCUCAGCUGGUACCACCCGUUAAUACCACUAGUUUAAUCAUUACACAUAAAUUACGAUUAGCUGUGUAUUUUGAAGGCAAAGAGAAAAAAAUGACUCUUUCUUUCCCUAUUGUGUUUUGUAGUAUACCACCCAGUUCUCCAGCUCCUGUUCAGCCAACUCAAAUCCCUAUGUCUUCACUUCAUUCUUCCAUGACAAUGAUGCUUUACCAUGGCGAUACUAAUACCACCCCACAUGAUUUUGUGACCGAAUGUAAAUUACCUUCCUAUCUUGAUGCCAUGUUCGAAGGUACUCCUCCAUCACCCUUUCUAGAAGAUCAAAUCACUGCUAUAUGAAUUCCUUUUUUUUUUUUUUUUUUUUUAU